AGGAGACACUGCCCCGCUAUGUCCCGGACAGCCUGCUGCAGGGCCCCCCCACUGGAUAUGUGGACCUCCUUUAUGGACGUGUGGACAUGACUGCGUUGAGCUCCAACAUGAUGUACCUGAGUCUGUAUCUGACGGCCCUGCGCCUGCUGCACCUGCCCGUGUUACUGUUCGAGGCCUUCGUGUUGUCUAACGGGAAGUACGAGAGGUCAGUGGUGCCCAGCUCUGCCUCCCGCCUGGUGGCGAGGAUGGACGGGGACAUUAUAAUCGGCGCCCUCUUCUCGGUCCACCACCAACCUUCAGCCGAGAAGGUGGCGGAGAGGAAGUGCGGAGAGGUCCGCGAGCAGUACGGCAUCCAGAGAGUGGAGGCCAUGUUCCACGCCUUGGACCGGAUCAACUCCGACCCCAACCUGCUGCCCAACAUCUCGCUGGGCUGCGAGAUCCGAGACUCCUGCUGGCACUCGUCCGUAGCUCUGGAGCAGAGCAUCGAGUUCAUACGAGACUCGCUCAUCUCCAUCCGGGACGAGCGGGACGGCUCCAGGUGGUGCAUCGAGGGGGCGCCCUCCAGUCAGCCGCCGUCCACCAAGAAGCCCAUCGCGGGUGUCAUCGGGCCCGGCUCCAGCUCAGUCGCAAUCCAAGUCCAGAACCUCCUGCAGCUCUUUAACAUCCCACAGAUCGCCUACUCUGCCACCAGCAUCGACCUCAGCGACAAGACGCUGUUUAAGUACUUCCUGCGGGUCGUGCCCUCCGACACGCUGCAGGCCCGCGCCCUGCUGGACAUCGUGAAGCGCUACAACUGGACCUACGUGUCUGCAGUGCACACAGAGGGUAACUACGGGGAGAGUGGGAUGGAGGUGUUUAAGGAGCUGGCCUCGCAGGACGGCCUCUGCAUCGCUCACUCGGACAAGAUCUACAGUAACGCCGGGGAGAAGCACUUCGACCGGCUGCUGAGGAAGCUGCGAGAGCGUCUGCCCAAAGCCCGGGUGGUGGUGUGUUUCUGUGAGGGCAUGACGGUGCGGGGCCUGCUCAUGGCCAUGCGGCGGCUCGGAGUGUCCGGAGAGUUCCUGCUGAUCGGCAGUGACGGCUGGGCGGACCGGGUGGAGGUGGUGGAGGGAUACGAGCAGGAGGCUGUGGGCGGCCUCACCGUGAAGCUGCAGUCUGACGAGGUCUCCUCCUUCGACGACUACUUCCUGAAGCUCAAGCUCAGCACCAACACUCGCAACCCGUGGUUCCCCGAGUUCUGGCAGUACCGCUUCCAGUGCCGCCUCCCCGGACACCCGCUGGAGAACCUGAACUACGCACGGAACUGCUCAGCGGACCAGGAUCUAGAGCUGCAGGACGGUUAUGAAAGUCUGGAGGACAACUACGUCCAGGACAGCAAGAUGGGCUUCGUCAUCAACGCCAUCUACGCCAUGGCCCACGGGCUGCACGACAUGCACACGGUGCUCUGCCCGGGUCACGUGGGGCUCUGUGACAACAUGAAGCCCGUCGAUGGCAGCCACCUUCUGGACUUCCUGCUAAAGACGUCCUUCGCAGGAGUUUCUGGAAAGGACAUAUGGUUUGAUGAGAACGGAGACUCACCUGGCAGGUACGAGAUCAUGAACUUCCAGCACGUAGAGCCGGGGGUCUACGACUACAUCAACAUCGGCUCAUGGCACGAGGGCGCGCUGAGUCUGGACGAGGAGCUGAUGCAGAUGAACCGCAGCGACAUGGUGCGCUCGGUGUGCAGCGAGCCGUGCUCCAGAGGAGAGAUCAAGGUGAUCAGGAAGGGCGAGGUGAGCUGCUGCUGGAUCUGCACGGCCUGCAAGGACAACGAGGUGGUUCAGGACGAGUUCACCUGUAAGGCCUGCGAGCUGGGCUGGUGGCCCGACCAGCAGCUGGAGGGCUGUGAAACUAUCCCCCUGCGUUACCUGGAGUGGAGCAACCCAGAGUCCAUCAUCCAGGUGGUCUUCUCCUGCCUGGGCAUCCUGGUCACCUCUUUUGUUGCCUUCAUCUUCGUCUUGUAUCGAGACACGCCUGUGGUGAAGUCCUCCAGCCGCGAACUCUGCUACAUCAUCCUGGCGGGCAUCUUCCUGGGCUACUUGUGUCCCUUCACACUCAUCGCCCACCCCACCGUGGCCUCCUGCUACCUGCAGAGGCUGCUCGUCGGACUCUCGGCCGCCAUGUGCUACUCCGCGCUGGUGACCAAAACCAACCGCAUCGCUCGUAUUCUGGCGGGCAGCAAGAAGAAGAUCUGCACCAGGAAACCGAGGUUCAUGAGCGCUUGGGCUCAAGUGGUCAUCACCUCCAUCCUGGUCAGCGUCCAGCUCACGCUGGAGGUCACGCUCAUUGUCAUGGAGCCGCCCGAGCCCGUCAAAUCCUACCCCAGCAUCAGAGAGGUCUUCGUCAUCUGCAACACCAGCAACGUGGGCGUUGUGGCUCCUCUGGGCUACAACGGCCUGCUCAUCAUGAGCUGCACUUAUUACGCCUUCAAGACCCGCAACGUCCCGGCGAACUUCAACGAAGCCAAGUACAUCGCCUUCACCAUGUACACCACGUGCAUCAUCUGGCUGGCCUUCGUGCCCAUCUACUUCGGCAGCAACUACAAGAUCAUCACGACGUCGUUCUCCGUGAGCCUCAGUGUGACGGUCGCUCUGGGCUGCAUGUUCACACCCAAGAUGUACAUCAUCAUCUGCAAACCUGAGCGCAACGUGCGCAGCGCCUUCACCACCUCUGACGCCGUGCGCAUGCACGUGGGCGACGGCAAGAUCGCCUGCCGAAGCAACAGCUUGCUUAACAUGUUCAAGAGGAAGAAGAACGCAGGAAACGGCAGUUCUAAUGGAAAGUCUGUGUCAUGGUCUGAACCAGGUGCAAGACAUCCUCCCAAAGGGGGGGGUCACACGUGGCACAGACUGUCAGUGCACGUGAAGCGGCAGGAGGCCAAUCAGAUGGCUGUCAUCAAACCCUUAACUAACGCCUGCCAGCAGCGAGCACUGGACUUCUCAGACCUCAGCACCAAGACUUUGUACAACGUGGCGGAGGAGGACGAGAGCGAAGCUAUCAGAUACAACCCCCCCAUCACACCCCCCAUGAGGCCCCACGGGCAGAUUCCUGCCUGCGGGCUGAUGCAAGAGGAGGUGGAGCUGUACGCACCUCGGACAAACUGCAUCAUCCCGCAGCACGCCGUCAUGCAGUGCCUGCAGGAAAAGGUGCUGGUGGGUAAAUUCAACAUCCCCGAGCGCCGCGAUAUGAUUCGAGUGCCCGAGGCGGUGAGCGGCGGCGUGUCCGUGUACCACCAGGCCCACCUCAUCCAGCAGGAGCCCCUCCUGCCUCUGCACCUGCAGCCGUACGACGAGGAGGAGGAGCUCUUCGGCCUCCUGCACGGCUACAUGUACAACAACGCCCAGAUUCACGAUGCCGACAACGACUCACUGGACGUCAAGUUAGCCGGGGAGGACUCUCCGACUCUGAUGCCUCCGUCCCCUUUCCGAGAUUGCGCCGCUCCUCCGCUGAGCCCCUUCCCCAAUUCGCCGAUCUCUGAGUCCAUCUUGUGCACCCCGACUGAUGUGACGUAUGCCUCCGCCAUCCUCAGAGACUACAAGCAAAGCUCCUCCACUCUGUGAGCGUGCAUGUUAAGUA